AGAAAAUUUCCUGCUAUUUAGCCAAUUCGUGCGUUAAUUUUAUUCAAAUGCCCACAAAUGAGGAAAUUUCAAGAACAAAAAGCGAUUUUUUUCAAAUGCGUCGUUUCCCUAACGUGGUUGGAUGUAUAGACUGUACUCAUGUAAAAAUUCAAUCUCCUGGUGGCCAAGAUGCAGAACUGUAUAGAAAUAGAAAAGGAUAUUUCUCUAUCAAUGUGCAAGCUAUCUGCAAUGCACAGCUAGUAUUCACAGAAAUCACUGCUAGGUGGAGGGGUUCUGUUCAUGACAGUAUCAUUUUUAAUAAAUCCAAGAUACAUGCUGAUUUGGAAGCUGGGUUGUAUCGGGGCAGCAGCUGCUACCUACUUGGUGAUAGUGGAUAUCCAUGCAGAAAUUUUUUGCUAACUCCACUUCUACAUCCUGCAAAUGAAGCAGAAAGAAGAUAUAAUAAUGCCCACAUCCAAACUAGGAAUACCAUUGAAAGAGCAUUUGGAGUGUGGAAACGCAGAUUUCCUUGCUUGUCAAUAGGAUUAAGAACAAAAAUUCAAACUACUUUGAUGAUAAUAACAGCAACGGCUGUUCUUCAUAAUAUAGCUAUCCAGCAGAAAGAACAGCCUCUAAUGGACAAUGAUGAAGUUAUGGAAGAGUUUGAUCAAACGAAAUCAGUUUGCUGUUCGAGACAAUGUCAUUGCUACAAUCUUCAGAAUUUAAAUUGA